UUGGUCCGUGCGCUUGCAAAUCGGGAAAAGGCUAUCUUCGAGCUCUUCAAACGGCUUGAUGGAAAUGUAAAUAGAAAUAUAGAGUUGCGGGACGACGCGGACGCGGCGCUGGCGCUGCUGCAAGUGUUGGACCGUUGUGGACUUCUUCGCUGGAUAGCCGACAACGCGACCCCAUUUAUCUUGAGUGAUGGACAUGGCAACUGCAUCUGGCGUUGCACCAUGUGCGGGAAGUACGUGCCCGCGCUUCUGCGCCUGGACUUCCACGAGUGCAGCAUUGGCGUGUUCCGGGUACCGUCCCGCCUGGUGCCGCGCCAUCCCGGCACUGCCGACUGCCUGUUAUGCGGUCUGACCGUGGGCGGGCCCGGACCGCGAGCUGUGGGCAAUUGCGCUCCUGGGGCAUGCGGCUCAGGGGCUUGCGGGUCGGGGGCAUGUGGUUCAACGGCAGCGGGCUCAGCAGUGCAGGCCGGCGGUGCACCCGGCGGCUGCAGCCCAGCCCCCGCCGCCCCCGCCGCGGAGGAAUCCGGCUCUGGCUCUGGCUCUGGCUCUGGCUCUGGCUCUGGCGGCUACCACGCCUGCCGCAGCCUGUUCCUGCGGCUGGUGCUGUUGGACCUGGGCGGCAUGGUGGGCAGCGAGCAGGGCCGGCUGGCGGACAUCACGCAGGUUGCCGCCGCCGCCUCCGCUCAACUGCGGCGGCUUUGCGGCCGGCUGCGGCUGCUGAAUGCACGCACCGCCGCCGCGUGCCAGGUACCUUCGCGUCUCAGCCAGUGCGUCACAGUGGUGUGGACUGCGGCCAGUAGCCUGGCGAUUCAGGAGCAGGAGCAGAACCAGGAACAGAGCCAGGGGCAGGAGCAGGACCAGGAGCACAAGCCAGGGCCGAGCCAAGGGCAGGAGCAGGGCCAGGAGCGGGGGCAGGAGCAGGGGCCGGUUCAGGGCCAGCAGCAGGGGCAUGGCAACGGGCAGGCCGCGCAGGAGCAGGGCCGAGGGCAGGAGCAGGGUCAACGGCAGGAGCAGGAAGGGAAGGGGCAGCGGUACGCGUUUCGGUCCAAGCGCGCGGGCGGGACGCCGCUGCUGGAGCAGCUAGGCUGGCGGCAGGACGCCGCCGGUGCAGCAGCAGAGGCGGAGGGCGCGGCUGGGACGGAGGCGAUGGCAGCAGCGCCAGGAACAGAGCAGCAGCAGCAACAACAACAGCAGCAGCAGCCUCGUGCGCAGCGGCCGCGGCGUCUGCAGGGGCUGUACCGGGUGCGCGGCCGGGCGCUGGUGUACUGGGGGCCGCAGGUGCCGGCGGACCGGGACGGCGAGGUGCUGACGGGGCAGGGCGCGGCGGCCUUCAGCGACAUGUGCCUGGCCACGCAGGAGCAGCUGAGGCGGGCGGCGGAGCGCGCGGCGGAGCGGGAGCAGGAGGAGCGCGAGGCGGAGCGGCUGGCAGAGGAGCGGGCGGCGGCGAAGCAGGCGCAGGAAGAGGCCCUGCGCCAGCAAGAGGCGGCGGAUGCGGCAGGGCUGCGGCCAAAGCGCAGGCGGACGGGCCUGCUGCCGCUAGAGCAAAGCCCGUCGCCGCGAGGCCGCAGCCGCCCGCGCUCAGGCAGUGCGCACGUGCCUGGCGGUGCCGCGGUUGCUACCACGGCGGUUGCGGCGGCGGUCGCGGCCCAGGCUGGAGGAGGCGAUGGAUAUGCGCAACCGCCGGCGCCCGCCGCUGAUACGCAUCAGGUGACACCCCACCCGGCGUCACCGCAAGGCACAGCGCGCCUCCUGCGCAGUACGCUGCGUGGCCCGGAAGCCGAGGCCGGCCAGCCGCCAGCCCUGGCGCCCGCGUCGCCACAGGUGCCACCGCCUCCACCGCCGCCUCCUCCACAGCAUCAGCACCCACCAUUGCAGCCAGCAGCAGCAUCUGGCCCAGAACCGCCCGCCCAGGUGGAUGUUCCGCACCAGGCACAGGCACCCCGGGGCGCGCCGCUGUCGCCUCGGCGGAGCAGCAGGCUUGCACCGCCGCAGCAGCUCACGCGGCAGGCACAGCCGCAACCACUGGCACAACGGGGUCAGCAAGUGACGCAGCCGCAGCCACAGCCACAUUCACUGCCGGCAGAGGCAACAACAGCCCUCGAGCUUCGGGCGACGUCGCCGGGGCCCGGCGCCGCGAGCUCUUGCCGCAGCCGGCCGGCGCCGCAGCCGCUGAGCCAGGAGGCAGGAGUCCAUGGGCGCGGGGGCGCCCUGCGGCAGCCAUCGGUGUCGCCUGGCCCCACCAGCCCAGUGACGCGGCCACAGGUGCGCGCGUCUACGUCCCCACCGCCUCGGGACGCCCUGCAGCCCGGCGCUUCCCCUCCUGCGCCGCGGCGGAGCUCCCGGCUGCUUCAAGGCGCUGGGGCCAUGCACACUCCUCACCUGGCGGCAGGGGACCCCAGGGCGCAACCAGUGGCGGACUUACCGGCGCAGCAGGAGGGGGCAGCGCGGCAGCAGCAGCCGCGGCCGGCAGCCGCUGUGGACGCGCCCGCCCUGGCUGGGUCCAGCCGCGCCGUGAGUGUGCAGCCCGAGGACAUGCCCUUGCUGCAGCCCGGAGCGGAGCAGCAGCAGGCGCGGGGCGGUGUGGCGGGGCCGCCGCCGCCGCCGCCCGGGGGCGACGUGGUCAUCCGUGGCUUCCCCAUGGGCGGCAUUGCGGCGGUGGCCAACCACGAGUGCGACCCCACCGCGGACGUGUACCAGACCCUGGUGCUGAUGCCGCGCCUCGCGCCAGACCCGCCCCCACACCUGCACCUGCAGCAGGCGGGCGGCGCCGCGGCAGCCGCACAGCCGGCGGCCAGCUGCUCGGGCGCGGCCGCCGGCGCGGUGGACAUAAGCAUGUCGUCCGCGGCAGCGGCGUCCGGCUCGGCGCCGGUGCCCAUGCAGGCGCACGUGCCGGUGGUGUUCCUGCGGCUGCACAAGGAGGACCAGCAGGGGCGCAGUACGGCGGGCGAGUACGGGCUGGUUGAGAUCACGUACAAGUACGGCGCCACCACCACCGUACGGGCGGAGGCGCUGCGGUGCCAGUGCCGGCGCGGCUGCCCGGGCUGGGUGUGCGAGUACGUGCCAGAGGAAGGGGGCGCGGGGGAAGAAGCGGGGGCUGGCGCCCAGGGCGCGGCUGGGGCAGUGCAGGAGCGGCCGGGUGGUCGGGCUGCAGCGGUGCCGGCGGUGGUGGUUGGGGCUGCGGUAGCGCCGGGCGGUGUGGGGGAGCCAGGCGGGUCGGGGCAUGGGCACGGCGGCGCACGCGAGCAGGCCGCACACAAGCGACUGUGAUCCGAGAUGGAGGGAUGGUUGGUUGCUGCGCGGAGUGUGGCGGUCUGCUACUCUGUGGGUUUGCGGGCGUGUGCGCUGCGAAAUAGAUGAAUGGAGGUUCUAGGACAGCUCUGACUCACCCCCGACUAUCCCGUUUACGGCAAGCCAACCCCCGAGCCGUACUAGAGUCCGGGAUCGCAGACUCGCAGUCGGGUACCACUGCAACCAGGAGCUUGAGGUUGCACGGAAAGCCCUUUGGGAAGCUGCCAGCCUAUAAUGACACAUAUUUGACGUGAGUUGGGUGACGGUAGGACUGCGUGUGUAUUUUUGCGGGUGGCCGGCUAAGGAGUUGCACAUGGAUGCAUCAUGAUUGUGGCGGGCUACUGGGUGCCGCCGGUUGGCACGCAUCACGACUGGGAGCUGCUACUUGCACGCGGCGUUGGCUGAGCAAUCCUGCAGUUGGGUCUUGGGACUAAGAUGAAUUCAUUGGGCUGACUAUCUUUGCGGGGCCGGCGGUCACAUCGGUACCAUCCAGGCGUGGUGCCAGCUGCCUACGCUGCAAGACGGGGCAAUGCACUGAGCGUGGGUAGGCGUAGCUGUAACAGUCGGCUGACCUGGACUUGGGCGCGCGGCGGCCCUGCCUCUGGGGGAUGGAGAACCGGGGGGAAAUGGGCCAACCAACCAACGCAUGGCGAAGCGUGGUGCGCUGCCUCACCUGCCUGUGCAUGCGUGUGUACAGCCAGGGGCUUUCGUGGAGCAGACGAGCAGUAUGACGGCCUUUAACACGAAUAACCUGCACCUGAUGGCGUAGCCAUCACGGUCUGGACGCCUAGGGGGGGGCAUGGCCGCAUGGGGCCUACUUUGUACUCAGGACUCCGAUUCUCUGCA